UUUUUUUCGGUUUGUUGCUUCAUGCUAGAAAAUGGCCCCAAAGAAGAAGCAAGAAGAGGAAAGGCCCAUUCUUAUAGGUCGCAUGGGGACUAAUUUGAAAUGUGGAAUCGUCGGGCUGCCUAAUGUCGGCAAAUCAACAUUUUUCAAUGUCCUAACCAAAAGCCAAGCUGCAGCUGAAAACUUCCCUUUCUGUACAAUAGAUCCUAAUGAAAGCCGAGUACCGGUGCCAGAUGCUCGAUUUGAUUACCUCUGCAAGUAUUUCAAACCAGCCAGCAAGGUGCCGUCGUUUUUGAAUGUGGUGGACAUAGCGGGGCUUGUAAAGGGGGCUCACGAGGGCCAGGGCUUGGGAAAUGCCUUCCUGUCACAAAUUAGGGCGUGCGAUGCCCUGUUUCAUAUGUGCAGGAUCUUCGAAGAUGAUGAGGUGACCCAUGUGGAUGGGGAGGUCAACCCCGUACGGGACAUCAAGGUCAUCCACGAGGAGCUGAGGCUGAAAGAUCUGGAGUACAUCGACAAGAAUGUGGAAAAUCUCGAGAGGGUGGUCGUCAGGGGCGGCGAUAAGGGAAGGAAGUCGGAGUAUGAUGUCCUGAAGAAAGUACAACAUCUUGUCUGUGAGGAAAAGAGGCCAGUCAGAUUUGGCACCUGGGACGCUAAAGAGAUUGAAGAGCUGAACAAGCACAUGUUUAUAACUUCGAAGCCCAUGAUCUAUCUGCUGAACAUGUCCGAGAAGGAUUACAUUAAGAAGAAAAACAAAUGGUUGGUAAAGAUAAAACAGUGGGUGGACGCUCACGACCCGGGCAGUGUCAUAAUACCCUUCAGUGGGGCUCUGGAACUCAAACUGAUGGACAUGGCCAGUGAUGAGGAGAGGCAGGCUUACCUUAAAGAACAGGAAACUACGAGUUCCUUGGAAAAAAUCAUCGUAAAUGGGUAUUCCUCACUUGGUCUUAUGUAUUUCUUCACAGCUGGCGAAGAUGAAGUCAAGGCAUGGACUAUACAGAAACACACGAAAGCCCCGCAAGCAGCUGGGAAGAUCCACACAGAUUUCGAGAAGGGCUUCAUAAUGGCAGAGGUCAUGAAGUUCGAUGACUUCAAGGAAGAGGGCUCGGAAAAUGCCGUCAAGGCUGCCGGCAAAUACAAGCAGAAGGGGCGCGAUUACAUAGUAGAGGAUGGCGACAUAAUUCACUUCAAGUUCAACGCGGGGGCGGGAUUGGCGGGCGGGGCCAAGAAGAAAUGAUUGAUUGAUUGGCUGACUGAUUGAUU